CCCUUGGCCGAUGUCGCUCUUUACGUUUCUCGACUUGGUGGAGCUCUCGGAUGGGAAGCUCCAUCUAUUCUAUUCGCUUAUCUAAUAGCCUCUGGAGUCUUCCUUACUUAUCUCAGACGACCUAUUGGCAGACUAACAGUAGAGGAGCAAGCAUUGGAAGGCGAUUUUCGAUUCGUAAACUCUCGUCUGAUUGUAAACAGUGAAGAGAUUGCCUUCUAUCAGGUAUGGUUUACCUUUUGA